CAAAAAUUUUCCCACUCUAUAAUGCGGAUGAAUCUCACCCCUUACUUCAUUACAAUCUAUAUCAUUGCUUUCUUCUUCUUCUUCACCUGACACACCUUCCGUGGACGAGGGCACUGCAAUCUCCAUCGACCGCUCUGGCCUUUACAACCCACCUGACCAUUCUCACCUCCCAAAUUCCGAUUCUGAGCUCGUCAAGCACCUCAAAGGGAUCAUCAAGUUUCGUGGAGGCCCUAUAUCAGUAGGUGAGUACAUGUCGGAAGUUUUGACAAAUCCUAAAGCUGGGUACUACAUCAAUCGAGAUGUUUUUGGAGCACAAGGUGAUUUUGUCACCUCUCCUGAAGUAAGCCAGAUGUAUGGUGAGGGUGCUUCAAAAUUUAAGAACUUCAUUGAGUCUUUGCAUGUACACCUGGUGGAGUGUAGUCCAGUACUACAGAAGCUUCAGCACCAGAAAUUGAAAUGCAUUGAUGAAGAGAACACAGCUCAAGAUGCUGAUAAAAUAACUAUAAGCUCUUUUGUUGGCACUCUUGUGUCAUGGCAUGCUACACUGGAGCAGGUUCCUUCAGGAUUGCCAACAAUUAUCAUUGCGCAUGAGUUCUUUGAUGCCCUACCGAUCCAUCAAUUUCAGGUCUGAGGACAAGAAACCAAUGGAGUCAGAGGCCAAUAGUGUUGAUAGAGCUAUUGCAAAUCUCAUGUUCAACAACAUGGAGAUUAACAUGGAAAAAACUCAAAAGUCAAGUCCUUUGAUACCCAGUUCACUAC